AUGGCAAUCUUCCACCUCCACGCACAGGUGAUAAAGCGCAGCGAAGGACGUUCGUCCGUUGCUGCUGCUGCCUAUCGCCUUGGCGUUGCGUUGGAAGAUCCUCGCACCGGCCUGCGCCAUGAUUUCAGCCGCAAGGGUGGCGUGUCUGGCUCGCUGACGCUUGCCCCCGACAACGCUCCGGCUUGGGCAUCGGACCCGGCUCAGUUGUGGGCCAAUGUGGAGACCAUCGAGAAGCGCAAAGACGCUCAACUUUGCCGCGAGUUCGACAUUGCCCUGCCCCGCGAACUGACCCCCAGCAGUGUGCCACGCUGGCCCGUGCGUUCGUCCAAAAAGAACAUUGACCAGGACGGGUUCAAAAAUAAAAACCGCGACUGGAAUGACAAGCAAUACCUAGACCAUUGGCGAGCCGAAUGGGCACGCUAUGCCAACCAUGCGUUGACCUUGGCCAACUCACCAGCACGCAUUGACCACCGCUCGUUGAAGGCCCAAGGCAUCGACCGCGAACCGACCCAACAUCAAGGGCCGAAGGCGUUCGCCAUGCAGGCCCGUGGUGUGGUUGUUGACCGGUUCCGCAGGGUGAUGGUGGACCUCGUAACCAUGCUCAAAGCCCGGAGGGUGGCCCGUCAGGGCCUUUCCCCUUCCCCUCCCAUCACAACCCCGCCCCGCAAGGGGUGGGGGAUGGGGCGGGGCCGGUAG